AUGAUACAAGUGGCCGCGACGCCGAUGAUCGUCAAACCGAAAAUCGGAUUCUCCAUUGAGUCCAUCGUGGGCGCGGGUUCCCGGUCACCGGCCAGGAGCGAAGGUUCUUCGGUGGCGCACGACGAGAGUGAGGCAUGCAGUUCGGCCGCCGGUUCUCCGCUGAACCCGGGAAGCGUAUCACCGCCGCCGCAUCACCACCAUCACCACCACCAACAACACCAUCAGCAACACCAGCAUCAGCAAUCCCAUCACGUGCACCAACAUCAGCAGCAACACGAACAGCAGCAGACUUCUGCAGCAAGCGGCACCACGGUGUUCAAGCCGUCCGCACUACCAGCCUCCGCCGGUUACGGGUCAUCGUCCGUGGCCGCCGCAGCCGCCGCCGCUGCAGCCGGACACUUGGCCAAAGGGUUGCAGUACGUGCACGAACCGCUGACGCCACCACCCGCCCACCCACAUCCUCAUCAUCCGUUUGCGUUUGCCGCAGCCGCAGCCGCCGCCGCCGCUGCAGCGCACCACUAUCAGCCAAAUCCGCACCACCCGCAACACCAGCCUACCCGUGACACGUACCCUCUGUACCCGUGGCUGUUGUCGCGACACGGAAGGAUAUUUCCGCACAGGUUUCCCGGUGGUCCAGACAUACCAGGAUUUUUAUUACAACCCUUCAGAAAACCCAAAAGAAUAAGGACCGCUUUCAGUCCCAGUCAACUUCUUAAAUUGGAACACGCUUUUGAGAAAAACCAUUACGUCGUGGGCGCCGAAAGAAAACAGUUGGCCCAAUCGCUGAGUUUAACCGAAACACAGGUCAAGGUUUGGUUCCAAAACAGGCGCACAAAACACAAGAGGAUGCAACAGGAAGAAGAGGCCAAGGUGCAACAACAACAGUCGGGCGGCGGUGGAGGCCCGAAGAACUCGCAUCACGUCAACAAGUGGAAGCAGGAGACCCAGAACAGUGGAUCCGACAGCGAAAUGCACCACUACGGAGAGGGUUCUCCACAGUCGGCGCAGCACAGGGAUGACGGGACGAUGCACUACGACGGGUACAGUUCCGAAGCGGACAGCGAAGUCUGA